AUGGCCUUCACAACACGCUCAUUCUCAUUCAUCUCCCUCUCCCAUCCAUGUACAUCCUCAUCUCCAUCUCCCUACUCACCACCUGCAUCCUCGAAAUCUCGCUCUAAACCUCCUAAAUAUGCUCGAAAAGCCAGACCAAAAUCUACCUCUAAAUAUAAACGCAACUAUGCCAAAGAAAAAGAACAAGAACGAGAACGAGAACUCCUCACUGAGAUAUCUAAAGGGAGGAAAGAUGAAGAAUGUCCGUGUCCUAGCUGUGCAUAUCCGGAUGUAGAUAGCGGGGGAAGUGAAUAUUUCUCAUCUUCGUCGUCGUCGUCAUCGUUAUCGUCACUCGACAAUCACGAACUCGAUUCAGAAGGGAGUCUAAGUAUUGUUAGGGUAGAGAACAGAGGUAAAUUGUUCGAACAGAGGGAAAGAAGAAGAGGAGGCGAGUUGAAGAUGAAAUGGGGAUUGGCUUGGUCGAGGGGGAGGGGGAGAAGGACAGAAGGGAGAGGAUAUGGAUAUGGAUACGAAUAUGGCAAAAUAAACACUUAUGCUGGAGUUUCUUGA